GACCACUACCGCACGCUGGGCGUGAAGCCGAGGGCCAAGGAGGCGGAGAUCAAGAAGGCCUACCGCUCCCUCGCGAAGCAGUGGCACCCGGACAAGAACCCGGGCAACGCGCAGGCCGCGGAGAAGUUCAGUGAGAUCGCGUCGGCCUACGAGGUGCUCUCCGACGCGGCGCAGCGGCGGGACUACGAC